CAUGAUGGACACCGCAACAGUGGCACAGAACAGCUAUACGGAGACGGCCGUAAAUAAUGCAUCAUCUCCCAAGAUCUUCCCGCCAUACAGGAUUGCCUUGAUCACCAUCUAUGCUCUUGUGCUUCUGGUGGGCACCACAGGCUUAACCCUCAUGACAAAAUUAUUAAAAAGCAACAUUCGCUCGAUAACUACCAUCGCCUUUCUCAACCUGAUGGUGGCACACUUUCUAUUCCUGCUCACUGUGCCAUUCAGAAUCUACUAUUAUGCGUACAAUGACUGGGGCCUGUCACCCGGUUUCUGUAAAGUAGUCAGUGCCAUGAUCCACAUCCACAUGUAUAUGGUGUUUAUUAUCUACACCAUCAUUCUUACCAUCCGUUUCUUGCAUUUUUACAAGAAGACUCAGCGGACAGAGUUCGACCGGCGGCUACAUGCGAUGUGCGCGAGUGCCCUCGUAUGGUCCGUGCUGUUGCCCAUCAUGCUGCCCGCCGUGGUGUCUCAUUACGGCAAGAUGGGUGGAGAUAAUUUGACCACAACACAAAACCAGUGCUUCAAAUAUGGGGAGGUGUUAGAGGACAAUCAUAUCUACAUUCUGAACAUGAUUGUGUCUAUUGUUAUUGUUGUUGUGUCGUGCAUUCAGGCCUGCAUCCAGGCGUUCAUUCUGCUCUCAAUUAUACUCAAGUACGGACCCGCCAGUCGCUCCCAGCAGGACUUUAGGGUCCAAAUGAAGAACCUCUGCUUUGUACUCAUCAUGCUUACCUGCCUGGUGCCAUAUCAUCUGUUUCGGCCUUUCUACAUGAAAUGCAUUGAAACGCUCCAAGAUAUAAACGAGGUGUUCCUAGCCAUUACGGCUCUUACCUGUUUUGACAUGCUGACGUUCACGGGUAAAGGGUUGUGCCAUGUGCACUGCAGGACCUGA